CGUUGCGUGUUGCUUGUUGUGCUCUAUCAUUGCAUGAUGUCAUUGUAAAUUGUAUACUACUUAGCAAAACUUACUUCUACAGCUUCCAUGAGCGCUGUUGUUGUACUUAGGUAUACUCUGUACGAUGUGUUGUGGUGUUGCGCUCCGAAACGACGACGAUACAUUUCAAACUGUGCAUCGAUGUUUAGUAGAACUUCGACUUGAGAAAAGUCUGACGUGUCAAGAAGUAAAACCGUAAUUUAAAAAUUAAAAAUACCUUUUAAAAGUCAAAAGCUUGCAAGUACAGUGUAUUGGAGAACAUAAAAAAUCAAUGGCAGAGAACAGUGAGAUCGUACUCAAAUCUGACAGUUGGUUUUGGGGAUGGUUUAGUUGGUCAGGCUCCUCUUCAACAAUGUUGAGAACAAUAGAAAAAAAGAUUCUCUCACAUCUUAAAACAGCCUAUAGAGGUUGGUACGUUGAUAUUGGACCAGUUGUUGGAGCUGCAGAUAAAAUAUGGACUAUAUCUCUCAAUGAAGAAUCCCCUAAUACACCACUUGUCUUAUUACAUGGUCUUGGAGCUGGAGUAGCCUUAUGGGUUUUAAAUCUUGACUCUUUGGCUAAACAAAGACCUGUUUAUGCCAUAGAUUUAUUAGGAUUUGGUAGAAGUAGCCGACCAGUCUUUAGUAAUAAAGCUGAAGAAACUGAAAGUCAACUGGUCAAAUCAGUAGAAGAAUGGAGGAAAGAAAUGCAAUUGGAAAAAUUCGUUUUAUUAGGCCAUUCAAUGGGAGGCUUUUUAGCAGCUUCAUAUGCUAUUGAACAUCCAGAUAAGGUCAAGCACCUGAUUCUUGCUGAUCCAUGGGGUGUCCCAGAAAAACCCAGUGAAGUUACAAACCAAAGACGUGUACCAAUUGUGAUAAAAGCUUUAGCAUACAUGUUACAACCUUUAAAUCCAUUGUGGGCCGUGAGGUUUGCAGGGCCAUUGGGCCAGUGGCUUAUUGAAACAACACGACCCGACAUAGUCAAGAAGUUUGGUACAGUUUUGAAUGACGAUCCUAGCAUUAUUUCACAAUAUAUACAUCAGUGCAACGUGCAAACGCCGUCAGGAGAGAGUGCAUUUCAUGCAAUGAUGCAGGGUUUUGGAUGGGCUAAGAAUCCAAUAAUUAAAAGGAUAGACCAAUUGAGGAAGGAAGUUCCCAUAACUUUAAUAUAUGGAAGCAGAUCGUGGGUCGAUAAUUCAGCAAGUGAGACAAUAAAAGAAAUAAGGUCGGCUUCCUAUGUUGAUGUACAGAUUAUAAGUGGUGCGGGACAUCACGUUUACCUAGACAAAAGUGACAUUUUUAAUAAGUAUGUGCUAGAAGCAUGUUCACUGAGUGAUAAAAAUAUUAAACUAACUAAUUUAAUGAAUACAAAACAAGAGUUAAAUAUAAAAAAUGAUCAAUCAACAGAGAGUGAAGAAGAUACUGAUCAGAAAAAAUAUUCUGAUAAGAUAGUUGACACGGACAGAUCAAGAUCAAGCUAAAAGUUAGUGUAAAUGAUAAUUUGUAUGUUUUUUAAAGUAUUGUAAAUGGAAAAAAAAAUAGUUAUCUAAGAAUUAACUAUCGCACAUCUAGUAUUCCAAAAAUAAACUUUAGUUACUAUGUUUCGAUUUAAAAAUGUAGAUAAAAAAAAAUAUGUUAAAUGAUCACCCAAGUUGUAUGUGUUGACAUACACUAUUUAUUUAUUUAUUUCUAUUUGUAGCGUUUUAAAUGAUUGAUUAUAUUUUUUUAUCAAAACUAAGUUAAUACAUUGUGUUGAAGUAGUUGUAAAAAUAAAUUUCACAACUAUAUAAUAUUAAAUUUUUUACGCAGUUAAAACGAUAUUUGACAGAAAGAAUAUUCGUAUGUCUGCAAAGUUUGUUCAUUUUUUUCGUUAUGUGUUGAUGUAAAAAAUACUUGAAGCAUGUAAACUACUAGGUUUUGUAGUCAUAGUUUGAAUGAUUAAAGAUACCCACUGUCAAUUCAUUAUUUACUUUGCUUUGUUAAAUAAUUUAAUAUUUUUACGAGCUGUAGUCACAAAUGGCCCAUCAUAUGACUACCAAAAGUAUUAUUCGAAAGUCAUUUGUACUGAUGAAAAUUAAUUUUUGAAAUAAAUGGAUAACCUAUUGUUAAUAAAAAAAAGUUG